AUGAGUGGUGUCCUGAAGAACACAUUUACAGUCAUUCUGAGUGUGGAAUUUGUAAUUGGCAACUUUGGAAAUGUAUUCAUAGCAGUGGUGAACAUCAUAGACUUGGUCAAGAGAAGAAAGAUCUCUUCAAUGGAUCAGAUCCUCACGGCUCUGGCCAUCUCCAGAAUUGUGCUGCUGUGGUUAGUAUUACUGAAUUGGUGUAUAUCUAUGCUUUAUCCAGGAGAGUGGAUAAAUGAAAGAAUGGUUGGGAUAAUACACAGUAUCUGGACAGCAUCCCACCAGUUUAGUCUCUGGCUUGCUACAAGUCUAAGCAUCUUUUGCUUUUUCAAGAUAGCAAAUUUUUCCAACACUCUUUUCUUUUAUAUUAAGCUUAGAGUGAAAAAAGCGGUGAGAGUGACAUUGUUUGUGUCUUUGUUUCUCUUGUGUUUAAAUAUUAUAGUUAUUAAUUUACCUGAGAACAUCUUGAUGACUGAGUAUAAGGUAAAUGAGUCUUACAACUUGAGUUUGAAUAACCUACAACAUUCCUCGUUAUGGUUUUUAUUUGCAAACACCAUGUUUGCAUUCAUACCCUUUGCUGUGUCCCUGGUCACUUUUCUCCUGCUCAUCUUCUCCCUGUGGAAACAUCUGAGGAAGAUGCAGCACAGUGCCCAAGGAUGCAGAGACGCCAGCACCACGGCACACAUCAGAACCUUGCAAAUAAUGAUCGCCUCUCUCCUUCUGUAUGUCCUUUUCUUUCUGUCUCUUCUUGCUAACGUUUGGGGGUCUCUGCUUCUGGAAAAACAGAUGCUACUUUUGUUCACACAGUCUUCAAGAGUUGCUUUUCCAUCGGUGCACCCCUGUAUCCUGAUUCUGGGAAAUACUAAGCUGAGAAAGGCUUCCCUCUCUGUGCUGCUGUGGCUAAGAUGCAGGCAGGAAGACAGGGACCCUGAGCUGAUAGAGCACAGAUGGGAGCCUGCGGUGCGCGGCAUUUGGAGGUCCCACCGAAAUAUCAGGAAAGGGAACACUGAGAGGUCGCCCUCGGAAGGAAUGGACAAGCCCAUUUGGGUACCAGAGCGAUUUGUUCAGGCUGUGGAAAAUGAUGAGAAAGGAUCCCGUGAUGAGCCUGAGAAUAACACCUGUCAUUCUCUUGAUGAGCCUCCUGUAUGGAAUAGCACCUUUGAGGGAAAAGAUAUUCUUGGUUUUUCUUUCAGAAACGGUGGCCUGAACGACUGCUGGGAUGACCACUCCAGUGCUGCCUUGGUGGUUCGGGUACCAGCCAUCAUACCACUGCCAAUUACCAAAAAGGCUAAGCAGACUGAAGAUGACCCUGUAUAG